AUGGACUACACAUCAACACAAGGCUGAUGACAGGAUUACUUGAUUCUUCCACUGGUUGUUAUGCAGCAAGUGUUGACUCCAAACACCUUCAUCACCUGAUUCAAACACACUGCUUCAUACAGUCUGCUGUUACAGUCAUGUUUGAGGACAGUUUUACACGAUGAGGUGACCGUCUAACCUCCCAUGAUGGAAUCUGGUCUGUCAUCCUCCACAAACCCUGUACUUCACCUCAACACCAGCAGCUACGUCAAUAACAGCAAUAACUGGAGUGGCCUCGUUGACAGUGACUCACUGAGGAUCAAUCGCACUCUGAGCAGCCACGGCCGCUUACACAACGCCCUGCUGGGAGUCUUUCUGGGACUCGUCUCUCUCCUUACCAUAUUCAUGAACCUGCUUGUGCUGUACGCCGUGAAGCGAGAGAAGAGCCUGCACACAGUCGGGAACCUCUACAUCGUCAGCUUGUCGGUGGCGGAUUUGAUUGUGGGGACCACGGUCAUGCCUCUGAACUUGGUGUAUUUACUGGAGGAUGAAUGGAGGCUGGGUCGGGCUGUCUGCCAAUUUUGGCUCAUUAUGGACUAUGUGGCGAGCACAGCCUCGAUUUUCAGCUUGUUCAUCCUGUGUUUGGACCGGUACCGCUCAGUCAGACAGCCGCUCAAGUACCUCAAGUAUCGAACGCGAGGAAAAGCCAGUGUGAUGAUCGCUGGGGCCUGGCUGCUGUCGAUUAUGUGGAUAAUUCCAAUUCUAGGAUGGAGGUCAUUCACACACGUGGACCUGAAACCUGAGGAGGAGAACAAGUGUGACACAGAUUUCCGCUUCGUCACGUGGUUUAAGGUCAUCACCGCCGUCUUCAACUUCUAUGUGCCCUCGAUUUUGAUGCUGUGGUUUUACACAAACAUCUACUUGGCCGUGAGGCAGCAUCUGAGGGACCGGGAGAGAAUCAUCCAUCCAACUGACUCGUUUGAGAAUGAUAAUGGACAAAAUGUCAAAACACCUGAGAAGCAUUCCUCCAAGUCACCAGAGAGGGAGUGUAAAGCUCCGCUCAAACCCUCUAAAAAGCAACGCCUGCUGGACCACAACACUCUCGACCAGGCGUACUCACUCGAGGAGGCUGAUAGAAACAAAAUUACUCCUUCUGCAUCUCACAGGAAAAUUGUUGUCAAAUGCCAGCAGACAUCGCUGCUUGCCAUGACGACAGAGCAACUCAGAAUGGCAGGAAAGGCCAAAAGGUGCUCCCUGGCCCCGGAGGAGAAGCAGCCAGAUGCUGAUAUUCCUCUGAGGAACAACUCGGUGCCUCAGGACGUCCUUUUCUCCGAGGGAAAUUAUGAGCACAAACUUCAAGCAUCGUUAAACGAAUGUCACGUCACUGUACCAAACUCAGUUAGCGGCGUCUGUGAUAUCAGUCAGGUGUCAGAUGUGCAGAGAUACACGUCGGAGUGCUAUACCACCUACGACCCCAGUCAGGCACUGCCCUGGACGGAUGAGGGGGUUGAAGACGCCGAAUUGGACCCGGCCAACGCGCUGACACUGAGACAGACAUGGCAAAAGUUUAUAGACCAAUCACGUCAGCGCAUCCAGAGUCUGAGGAUCCAUAAAGAGCACAAAGCAGCCAAGCAGUUGGGUUUCAUAAUUGCUGCGUUCAUGUUGUGCUGGAUUCCGUACUUCAUAGCUUUCAUGGUCAUGGCGUUCUGCAGAGUGUGUGUGCACCAUGACCUGCACAUGUUCACAAUAUGGCUGGGCUACAUCAACUCCACUCUCAACCCUUUCAUAUACCCACUCUGCAAUGGGAACUUUAAAAGGGUCUUCAAAAGUAUUCUGAACAUUCGAUUGUGACAGGAAAACAAGCAGAACCAAAAUCUUAGAGGCUGCUGAUGGACAAAACCAUUGAAUGUCUGUUGUUUCUGAUUAUUUUUAACUUUGUAGCUCACAGCACUUCUCAGACUCGGGACAACAGUUUGGAUGAUGUCUGAACUUUAUGUUAUUUAUUUUGUCUAUGCUGUUCUACAGUGAUAGUAACAAUUGUGUGGGACUAGAGGUCUCUAAACAGAGAGGAAUUUGAUCUCUGAACCAGGGGCACACAUUUAUGUUCUUUGCUCUGAAGCAGAAUGAUGGCAACUAUGUCCAAAAUGUGUUUUUAAAGAAAAGCGUUUUCGUUAUUUAUUUAUCAUUUUUUUGCACUAUAAAUCUAGAGAAACAGGGACGUGAUUGAACAGGAUGCUGGUAGAUUUGUAUUGUUUUACAGGCACUGUCAUGAAUCACAAUUUUUUUCAUUUUCAUUUGUCAUGUUUUCUCAUUAUUAAAACAGGAUAUGAGACCUCAGGGCAUCCAGGGAAAACACACAUCUUGGCAUUUGUCUACUGAGCUGAAAAGGGAUCUAUUCUUUUGUCCUUUUGUUUCAUGCUUCUAUUUAAAGGUCUGCAAAAAUUAAAAAAGCUUCU